CAAAGGUCUUACGGAGCUCACGGGAGGACGCGAUUAACGGAGGUCCCGUGGUCCGAUGGAGCGGUACGAGUCCCUGGGUCCUCUCGGGGAGGGGAGCUACGGCACGGUGGUGAAGUGUCGUCACAGGGACAGCGGGCGUCUGGUGGCCAUCAAGAAGUUUCUGGACUCGGACGAUGACCGGACGGUGAAGAAGAUCGCUCUGCGGGAGAUCAAACUGCUCAGGCAACUGCGUCAUGACAACCUGGUGAACCUGCUGGAGGUGUGGAAGCGCCGCCGGCGCUGGUAUCUGGUGUUCGAGUUUGUGGACCGGACCCUUCUGGACGAUCUGGAGCAGAACCCCAGUGGACUGGACCUGAACACCAGCCGGAGGUACCUGUACCAGAUCCUGAGGGCUGCCGCCUUCUGCCACCAGCAGAAUAUCAUCCACCGUGACAUCAAACCGGAGAAUGUCCUCAUCUCUCUGGGGGGCGUGGUCAAGCUCUGCGAUUUUGGCUUCGCCCGCACCGUUGCUUCGCCCACCGAAGGCGGCGCGUAUACAGACUACGUCGCCACCCGCUGGUACAGGGCGCCAGAGCUGCUUGUAGGUGACACCCAGUACGGCAAGCCGGUGGACGUGUGGGCGAUCGGGUGCCUGCUCAUCGAGACGCUAACGGGUCAGCCGCUGUUUCCUGGAGACUCCGACCUCGACCAGAUCCACCACAUCGUCAGGUGCUUCGGGAACCUGACGCCUCACCACCAGGAGCUCUUCCACAGAAAUCCCGUCUUCUCUGGAGUCCGGCUGCCAGAAAGUUCUGGAAGAGUGUCGCUGCAGCAGCGGUUUCGGACAAUGUUUCCCGCAGCGCUGGACCUCGCUCAGAGUUGUCUUGAGGUAGAUCCAGAGAAACGAGCUCAGUGUGCAGAGUUGUUGGAGCAUCCUUUCUUCACUCAAGAUUCUUUUCACAUAAGAUUUGUGGAGGAACUGAAUGCUAAGAUCCAAAAAGGCCACAGAGAGAACUCCACCCUGCCCAAAAUAACCAAAACUCUAAGACAAGAACGUGACGGAGGGGUCGACAGGAAGUGCAGAACCAGGGACAAGAAGCACACUGAAGAUUUCAACCAGAAAGUCAACAAGGAUAGAACCAAAGGGAAACCCGACACAAAGACCUCCAGAGCAGAACCACAGGCUAAACAGUCCAGAUCAGUUCCUGGACAGGUCAAUAUGACCUGCAAGAACCGACAAGGAAAAGUCAAACCUCUGACUUCUGAUCCAUCAGAACAAACACAUGAGGAACUGGAGGACUGUCCUAAAGCUAGAAAAGAUGUAGAGCUCAUUAUAGAACCCAGCAGAUCCUCACAAUUGAAGCAAAUCCCAGAGUCUGGGAAGAACUGGGACCACACGGAAGUUCCCAAACAUUCCAGUGAUCAUCCUUCAGAAUCAGCCUGUCGACACACAAGCCAAAUCUCCCAUGUUGAUCCAGUGCAGGAGACUAAAACCACCUUGGAGUGUCAGACCAGAGCGGAGACAAGACAGACCAGCUCUCUGGAGGUCAAACCCUCAAACCCCAAACUGACCAAGACUGCUGGACCAAACCAAACCUGCGUGGCUAUGUCCGAGGUUCCUCCAUUUGAUGUUCCAGGUCAAUCUGACACAGAACCUCCUUUCAGACUUGCAGAUCCAAACACAUCCAGAUCUGAUCAGAUUUCAAAGAGACUCCCCAGGAAGAAGGACCUGACCCAAGAUCUUGGAGAUAAUCGGGUACCCGCCGCUUCAGGUGAAGAUCACCAGGAGGAUCUGAAGCCAAAGGUUGCGACACAAGUCCAGAGCAGGUCACCGUCCUCAUCAGAAAGAACGGUUCAUCUGCGAACUCUGGUUCUUUUGGAUAAAGAAAACCACACGAAUUCAACGACAACCAAAAGCAAAUCUUUGGUCGGGCCAACAUCUGGAAGUUUGAAAGAUGAGAAAACUUCCAACCGCUGUGAUGUUCAAUUAGUUAUGAAGUCCUUGAAAGAGCCUAAUACUAAAGGUUUGGUGAAACCGGACUUCAAGCCCACAGCGUCAUCCAAAACUCUCAAAGUUGCUCACACAAACAUGGCCGUCGUCGUCAGCCUGACCUCCGUCCGAUCAACUCAGGACCAGGAGUCCUCCCCACAGACCUCCGUUCAUAACGACCUGAACACCGCAGAUCUGCAGGAUGAGGGAUUGAAUCCUCCCCCUCCGCCUGCCUCCACCCCAAACCUCCCGCCUCCCCCACCCCAUGACUCUGAUCCCAUCUGCUCAGCGGCUGACAGCUGUCCGACCCCGGCAGCUGGUUUCCAUCCUGGGACCCCUGGAAUCAGAUGCGUGGAGAAGUUCACUCGACACCACGGUGCAGUUUCCACGAGACAGAACCAACAGCUUGUGUCUGUCCAUGUCGGAAGACAGUUCUGUGACUGCUCGUUCCUGUCGGACCGCUGCAAUCUCAGUGUUGGUGGCAGCGGCGUGACGCUGGAGAAAAACAAGACGCACAUUCAUUUUCCAGAUUUGAGAAGAUCAGUGGUGAGCGAACCGAGGAGCAGAGAAGGUAAACGCAACAAAUUCAGCACCAAGGACCAGAGGAAGAGCAAACAUCCGCUUCCUUCCAAUCCAGAACCACAGCAGCUUGGGCCUCACAGCACCGGCACAGAAACACAAACGGAUUAGCAAAUAAAGCGAACAGCACUAAGAAUGAAACGUCUCCCACGUGGCUCUGACCAGCUUCACACUCUCAUUCUGUAACUCGAAUAAUUGUUGAUCAGCAACAAUUUGACAGACUGGUACAGAGAAAGCUAUUCAGAUUUGUUUAUUACGCAACAUCUUUUCAAAGCAGCAGCUUCACAAAACAAGGGUGAAUACUUUUAAAACAUUUGUAUGGCAGAGACAGCCGACAGCACAUUGAUACUUUGAAGGCAACAAUAAAAGGUUUUUCAACUGCAGCAGAAGCUGUUUUUACAAUACUUUGGAAGAUUUUACUGAGUUUUCCUCUGCUCAAAUACAGCUUCAUACUGAAGUGUUUUCUGAGCAUAACAGCAGCUGUGAAUGGACAUGCUGAGAGCUUGUUCAGACUUGUAUAUUCCAGUUUUUAGAAUUUCAGUGUCAGAGUUGUAAAACC